AGAUCGGAUCAGUCCGGCUCUGCGCUCCGGGAUGUCGGCCGUGAAGGCUCUGCAGCAGUGGUGCCGGGUCCAGUGUGACGGGUACCGGGAUGUGUCCAUCACCAACAUGACCACGUCCUUCAGGGACGGCCUGGCUUUCUGCGCCCUCAUCCACAAACACAGACCGGACCUCAUCAAUUUUGAUUCUCUGAAGAAGGAAAAUGUCUAUGACAACAACAAGCUGGCGUUCAGUGUUGCAGAAGAGCAACUGGGAAUUCCAGCACUGUUGGAUGCAGAGGACAUGGUGGCUCUUAAGGUUCCUGACCGCCUCAGUAUCCUGACUUAUGUUUCACAAUACUACAACUACUUCCACGGACGCUCCCCAAUUGGAGGUAUGGCAGGUAUCAAGCGUCCGGCUGACGCUCCCACCGAUGAGCCGUCUGGGAAGAAGAACCAGCCUGUGACGGCUAAGGUGUUCCCUCCCUCUAAACCCGCCAGAGAGAACAGCCCUCCGCCGUCCUCCAACAUCACAAGGCCCGCUCCUUCCCCAAAACAAAGCAGAAAUACAGCAAAGGAUGUUCUGGUGGAUAAAUCCCAUCAGACAGGGACGUUGAGUAACAAAUGUGUGUCCUGUAACAAGCAUGUUCACCUGGUGCAGCGACAUCUAGUGGACGGGAAGCUCUAUCACAGGAGCUGUGCAAAGUUACUUUCACCUACAACUGCGCCUCUUCUAAAUUUGCCCACGAACACCCGCGUCUCCAAAUUCACUCCCCUCCCAGACUCCAGUAAAACCAGUACACCUGCUCCCACUCACACACCUUCCAGACUGGGACCAUCAUGGCUGACACAGAAACCCAGCGUCUCCAGCACUUUUUCUACUCCAUCUCCUUCCCAACCUGCAUCAGGUCUCUCUCCCGCUGCUAAAAAAAGUCCGACCGCUUUGGUGUCCAAACCUGCAGCUUCUCCUGUCACUACAACCAGCUCCACCAGCAGCAGGCCCACCGCUGCCCCUCGGACCUCCACUACUGCCGCCAAGACACACCAGUCUAAACUCAAGUUCUUCCUAUCAGACAAGACUGCUAAUGAUGAAGAGAAAAUUACCUCAAGUGUCGACAUAGACAUAAAUAAAGGUCAGAGUGUGGGCGGUAAGACGCAGGAGGCCAAAGUAGGACAGGCUGUUACUGUGGUUGUAAAUGCUGGUGGGACGAGAAAAAAAGAUGCGAAUGAGAGCUUGGAUAAAGUUGGGGAUAAAGCUAAAGUAAGCGGUGUUGGUGCAAAAGUGGGUCUGAAACAAGAAGACAGCGAGAGUAACAAGGCAAAAGCAUCAGCAGUGGCCAUCAUCUCCAAGAAACUGGCUGAGGAGAACAACAAUAAUAACAGCAAGCCAUCGUGGACAACUGUAGCGCUGAAGAAAACAGAAAAGCCUCAGGCUCAAGUGGAGACGCCUAAGAAGGAGACGGAGGGUGGCAGAGGGAGGGUGAGGCUGAGAGCAGAUCGGUCAAUCCUCGCCGACUUGGUUUCUCCAGAUCCCCCGAAACCUGCUCCCACUCCGACCAGCGGGACUGGACUCAGAGCCAAGACUCCAGAGAGAGGAGACACAAAGCCUCGCAGCGCAUCACCCUACAUCUCAGCAUCAGAAAAUGAGUCUCCUGCAGAUUGGAGGUCGAUGCUCAAGCCGGUCGCCAAAGAAGUCAAACCUGCUGGUCCUUCACAGUCAUCCACUAAACCAUAUCCUAAUGGAGCUGGAAAGACAUCAGAUCUCUCGGUUGGGCCUUCAUUGUCGUCCUCUCAUCUUCCCACCCCAAGCAUUUGUGUCACUCCAGCAAAGGGAGUUCAAAAUGGUCAGAAGGAGCAAACUGCGAAUGGUAUCGAGUCCGAGUUGAAGGUUUCCAAGAUGAAGCCAGACUACAUUCCCAAAGAGAAGAUCAUUAAGGAGCUACAGGACAUUGAAGAUAACUUGAAUGAGCUGGAAAAGAGAGGAGUCAAGCUGGAGGUGAAGCUGCGUCGCAGCGAGGAAGAGGGUGACGAUGACUCUGUCAUGGAUGAGCUCAUGGUUGAGUGGUUCAACUUGAUCAGGAACAAGCAGGUGGCCAUGCGCCGGGAGUCUGAACUGGUCUACAUUGGAAGAACUCAGGACCUGGAGGAAGAGCAGCCCAAUGUUGAGCAAGAGCUCCGGAGACUGAUGGAGAAACCAGAACACUUGAAAACAGCCUGGGACAGAAAGAAAGAACAGCAGCUGAUGGAGAAACUGGUGGAGAUUGUCAACGACAGAAACGCGAUUGUAGAUGGUCUGGACGAGGACAGACUCAGGGAGGAAGAGGAGGACGAGCAGCUAAACAAGAUGAUGAUGAAUUUCAACAUCAAGAAGGACAAACCAAAGAAAAAGUCUCCGAUGUCCAAACUGUUCGGCUGGGGAGGCAAGAAGGAGGGAUGAUGCUCGGCGCUCACCGCUGUUUCUUCCUUUGAUGUUUCUGCUGCUUAAUGUCAGUGUGCUCAGCUUGUGAUUCAUGGGAUAACAUGGAUGCUGUGUGUGUUUGUGUGUCGGCAUGUGCGGUCUGUUAUCCUCAGCGCUUCUUGAAAAACGCCCUUCCCUCUGUCGACUGCGUCACUCAAGAUCUGACGUUGCUCCCGCUCCCUCUUCGUAACACACAAACACACACACAGAUGAUGUGGAGGGGUUAAUGACUCACCAGUCUCGUGAUGUGAUUGGGUUCAGUGCUCCAGUUGUUAGCUUUAAUCCCCUUCUAGUCUUAAUCUGUCUACUUAACGCUCACACACACACACACACUUGCUGUCUCCUUACAUCUUCUUGCUUGUGCAACUCAUUGAAAUGUUUUUUUUGUGUACAGUGAGACUGAUGCUAAUAAGAGUUAAAGAGCAAGAUUCAUUAGUGAGGUCAGACGGCUGUCUCCUGCUCUCUGCUCAUGUUUCAGUCUGGACUACAAAAUGCUUGUGACCAAACUAUGUCAGUAACAUCAGGGUCAGUGUCUGUCUGACCUUCCUGUUGUACUUUUAUCUCCAAGCUACUUCCUACUGUACGGCGUAAACGGCGACACUAAGACAUUUUCUUGGACAAUAACUCAUAGCACUGCUCCUUGGUUGGGUUUUAUACUGAAUCAUUCCUGUAUAUAACGGUGUUUUGUACGCCAGUGGUUCCUAACCGGAGUUCAUCUGAUGGUUCAGCAGGAAAACAAAAACAGUUUUGUUUUUUUUAAGAAUUUCUUUUUUAAUGAGAAUUUUCUUCUUUGAUGAGAAAUGAGUCAUACAAGUACAAACACUAUUUGGUAAAGCUGUCAUAACCUGUAGAUAGCUUUGUGAUGAGGACUGUAUGUCGCUUUAAGGUUUGACCCCGAAAAGUAGUCAUAUUUAUGUAUUUCAUGAGCUCUCGCUUCAUUGAUUUUUGGAGGAAAUGGUCUGUAUUUCUCCUGUGGACUUUUUUUUUAAUGUUUGAUUUUUUUUUUAUUUUAUGGCUGACAGGAGGAAAAGGAUGAAUCUGAUUUGUGUCUCAGUAUUUGUUGAACUUGCUGCUUGUGUGUGUUGGGAACGCAAAUAAUUGUCCACAUUGGACCUGGAUUUGUACAUGUUUGUAAUAUUUCUUAGCUGCAUUAACUGAAAAGCGUUUGUCAUCGUUAGAUAUUUUGUGUUCCAGAGGCGCUGAGGCGACUUUUGUGUGCUGUGACCAAACUGCUCACAUUUAACAGAACUAGUGCAUAAAGUUGUAUAAAUGUUAAUGUUCUCAUCCCCUGUCUACUUACAGCAGUCUGACUCGUAAAUGGAGAAACUGUCUUGGGUUUUUAAAUGAAGUACUGUAGUAAAUUCAUUGAGCUCUAUUAAAAAAAUGACAAGCUUA